UCGACUAUUCCCCAUUCUUCUUCAUCUCUUUUUUUUCUCCGCCUUCUCUCUCUUCUUUUCUCUUUUGUCGAUCAAAGCUUCUCCCAUACGGAUCUGCAAAGUUCUAAUGAGUGUGUUGGUAUCCCAACAGAGUGUCCAUGAUAUUUGCUUGUCCAGUACAAAGAGAGACGGAGAGAAUAAUAAAUUAGAGUUUCAGUGAUAGAUGGAUUUCAAAAAAUUAGGGUUUCAAUACACAGAAAAAGUAGUGAAAACGAAGGUGAAAAUUAGAUGAAGUCUUGAGCACAGAGAAAAGAAAGCGAGAAAAGGAUGAUUUAGAUCUUAAUCUUUCGGAGAUGGGUUCAUUUUUAAAUCAAGUUUCGAGCGAAGUUUGUGAGUAUUUUACAGAGUGGGUUCGAGUUGAAAUGGAUGAGGGAUUAGAGGAUGAGCUGAUGCUGUGAAUCAGUGAUGAAUAAAAUGGAUUUCUGGAGUUGAAAUUGAUUUGGGGGGUUUCCAAGUUGUUAGUGAGUUCGAUUUGGUAUUGACAAGAAUAUUGAGAUCGAUGGGUUUUACUCGAUUUGAGUUUUAACCCCAGUAUCUGUAAGAGAUUAGUUGUUGGUGGAUGUUUACUGUGAGAAUUCAAGAAUUGAAGAAGAAACUGUUUCAAUUGAUUUGAGAGAUGGUGGUACUGUGUUGAUGGGUCCUAGUGGUGAUUUAGGUCAGGUGAAUUAAGAGAUGAUGAUACUGAUUUUGGUUGUGUUGUGUAAUUGAAGAUCAGGGAUGAAGAAGGAUUGUUGUUCAUUGUCGUUGUGGUGAUGGUGAGUUUGUUUGAUGUUGUCAAGUUCAGGGAUAGAGAUGUUAAUUGAACAAGAUAUGAUCUGGUGGUUGCUGGUUGUAACUUGAGUGCUGAGAAGGUUCUGAAAUGGUGUCGAAGGAAAUGAAGAUGGUGAUGUUUUGAGAAGAAACUGAAUGAAGUGUUUGUUGCCGUGACUGAAUGGGAGUAUGUUUGAAUGUUCAUGCUUGCUUCAGAUUCAAAUGCAGUUGAUGUGCUAUUGAAGCUGAGAAGAACGGAAAGUUACAGCCUGAAUGGAAUGAUGUAGUUGGAAGUGGAGUUGCAGCUAAGUUAUGGCGGUUGAAGCAAUGAUUGUGGCUUGUCUAUGAGGUGCUAAGUAUGGAUUGCAGUUAGGAUUAUCCGUGUUGGUAGCUCUGUUGAUGUUGCAACUGCAGUUUGGUGAAGAUUGCAGGAAAUAAUCGAAACUCAAUGAGUUUGGUGGUAUCUUGGUGUGAAGGAAAGCUGGUUAUGAAGCAGUUGCAGGAGAUGGUUGAGUUUCAAAUGGUGGUUCUGAGAGUCAGAAGAAAAAUGGAUUUCUGGAUUGUUAUAGAUGGAUGGGAAAAUCGAUGGGUUAAAUCUGACUGGAAGAAGGAUGAGAACAUGGCUGGGGAGUGGAACUUUACUUCCAGUAAAUGGGAAGGUGAUGCUACUGACAAAGGUAUCCAAACCAGCAAGGACUACAGAUAUUAUGCCAUCUCUGCUGCAUUCCUGAGUUCAGUAACAAAGGAAAGAUAUUGGUUUUCCAAUUCAAUGUUAAACACGAGCAAAAUCUUGGUUUUGGUUGUGGCUACAUGAAGUUGCGCAGUGAUUAUGUUUACCAGAUCUUUUAUGGUGACACUCCGUAUGGGUAACUAAUAUUGGUUUGUAACUUUGUGUACAGGUGUUGGUUAAAUAAGGUUCUAAUAUAGUGAAUUGACCUAAUAUUUAUUUAUGUAUUACCAGACACAUAUUAAAAUCUACAAAAUUCCUUAUUUGUUUCAUCA